AUGGCACCUUCAGCAAUCUCCUAUGAAGACGUUGAGCCGCCAGUCGUCAUUGGUCCUUCGACCAAGAAGGCUAUGCGCCCCUCCAAUCAGCUACCCCAGUCUUUGAUCGACGGCGCAAAGGUUGAAAAGCGCGAGGCCUUUGACCCUGCCAAGCAUUUGAACUUCCAGCCUCCGAAGUCUAUCACAACUAUGGAGCAGAUUGGACUCAAGGGACAUGGCAUUUCACCUCACGCGGCCACUGAGCCUUUCCCUCUCUUUACUCAAGAGGCCAUCGCCCAGAUUCGGGCUGAGAUUUUCGACGAGAAGGUCCUCGAAGAGUGCCAGUAUUCUUCCACAUUCAACAAGAACAUGGUACGAGGUAUGGGCGCAGCACGCGCUCCUUUCACAUACAGUGCCUGGAAGUCUCCCGAGGUGCUAGCCAGAAUUUCAGAAGUGGCAGGCAUCGACCUGGUACCCUCUAUCGACUUCGAAAUAGCAAACAUCAACAUCUCGAUUCGGGAUGAGAAUGCAAAUGUGGAGCAGACUGUGAAUCUGGUGCAAAGUGAUGAGGAUCUUCCUGCUGUUGCUUGGCACUACGACAGUUUCCCAUUUGUGUGUGUGACUAUGCUUUCUGAUUGCACUGGCAUGGUUGGCGGAGAGACCGCAUUGAGAGCCCCUAGCGGAGAAAUUAAGAAGGUUCGCGGGCCAGCUAUGGGAACCGCUGUUGUUAUGCAAGGACGCUAUAUCGAGCACCAGGCUCUGAAGGCCCUCGGUGGCCGUGAGCGCAUCAGUAUGGUUACUUGCUUCCGGGCAAAGUCGCCCCUAGUCAAGGACGAGACCGUUUUGGUGGGAGUGCGAGGAAUUAGCAACAUCUCUGAGCUAUACACUCAGUACACCCAGUACCGUCUAGAGGUUCUGGAAGAGCGAAUUCGCCACCAAUUGAAGCAGGAGCGAGAGCGUGAGAUUGCCAAGCGACCUUUCAACAUUCCGGAGAUCAAACGAUUUCUUACCAACCAGAAGCUGUUCAUUGAGUCCAUGCUUACUGAAAUCCAGGAGGUGGAUUAG